AUUGUUACAGGCAGUGCGGUGGCUGCAGCCGACACCAUUUCCGCGCCGUGGACUCCCACGAGUUCCGGGCCGCCGCCCGACGCGAACGGCUCCGGCUCGGAUACCAAGAACCUCGACGUUGGCGAAAUUAGCGAUGACGAGAAGGACCUAUCGGCAGCGGACGCGGAGGGUGUAUGGUCGCCGGAUAUCGAGCAGAGCUUCCAGGAAGCACUCACUAUAUAUCCGCCAUGCGGCCGACGCAAAAUCAUCCUGUCCGACGAAGGGAAGAUGUACGGUCGAAACGAGCUGAUUGCACGCUACAUCAAACUGAGAACAGGCAAGACGAGAACGCGAAAGCAGGUCUCUUCGCACAUACAAGUGCUUGCUAGGCGAAAACUUCGCGAGAUCCAAGCGAAGCUCAAAGUGGAUCAUGCCGCCAAGGAGAAGGCGCUGCAGACUAUGUCGAGCAUGUCGAGCGCCCAGAUAGUAUCAGCUGGGAGUGCGAUACACAACAAGAUGCCCCCCGCCCUCGUGGGGCCCCUUGCCCUUCAUGCUUCCACCCCUGUCUCCUAUCCCGGAGCGCAAUUCUGGCAGCCGGGUCUGCAGCCAGGAACGUCACAGGAUGUCAAACCGUUUUCGCAACCAGCGUAUACUGGAAAACCAGCGACAGCGGUUUCAAGCGGUGACAUGGUCCAGGCUCAACCACCCCCGCCAUGGGAAGGACGUGCCAUCGCAACCCACAAGCUUAGGCUUGUCGAGUUCUCGGCCUACAUGGAACAACAGAGAGACCAGGAUAUUUACCACAAGCACCUGUUCGUCCACAUAGGAGGAUCGGCGACUUACGCGGAUCCGUUGCUAGAGGCUGUUGAUGUCAGGCAAAUAUACGACAAAUUCCCAGAGAAAAAGGGCGGCCUGAAGGAACUUUACGACAAGGGACCACAGGCGGCCUUCUUCCUCGUUAAAUUCUGGGCUGAUCUCAAUACGAACAUUCAGGAUGAGGCUGGAGCCUUCUACGGUGUAACAAGCCAGUACGAGAGCAACGAGAACAUGACGAUAACGUGUUCGACCAAAGUUUGCUCUUUCGGAAAACAGGUGGUGGAAAAAGUGGAGACGGAAUACGCUAGGUUCGAGAAUGGCAGGUUCGUCUACCGUAUUAGCCGUUCACCUAUGUGCGAAUAUAUGAUCAACUUUAUACAUAAAUUGAAGCACCUGCCGGAAAAGUACAUGAUGAACAGCGUUCUCGAGAAUUUCACCAUUCUCCAGGUUGUAACGAACAGGGAUACGCAGGAAACGUUAUUGUGCACAGCGUACGUGUUUGAAGUGUCGACGUCCGAGCACGGUGCACAACAUCACAUAUACAGAUUGAUCAAGGAUUAGCCUGUUUGAACCUGCUCGUCAUGCAGCCAUCCACCCCCAUCAGUGCCUACCAUCACAUAAAAAAAAAAAAAUCAUCCAUACGCGCAUAUACACGACUACACAGAAAAAUGUUAACCCUUUGAAGCGUCGUUGAAGUUAUUUUAUACAACUGUUUCUUUUAUCUCGUUCUCUACUCACUUUCUCAUCCGUUUAUUCACGUAUUGAUGAACGGAUAUUAAAUUCGUUUCAAUUGUUAUUAAUUUACUUGUACGAAAAUUGUAAAUAAUAUCUAGAAUUUAAUUCUUCUAUUUUUUAAUAACAUGAUUCUUAUAAAUUAUAUAUCUUUUUUUAAAAAAUGUAUGCUUCAGGGGGUUAAGCGUGAAUACAUGACUGUAAACACGCUUUUACUACACACGAAUACAUAAGUACGUACUAUACAUAUAUUUCGCGUCUAUGUGUGUAACAGAGUUUCUAUCGAAAAUGUUCUGUUAUUAGAUGAGAGGCAAAAGAAUAUAACAUAGAAUCAUGCGUUUGUUCGAUGUUUAUUUUUACAAAUAGAAAGUCGAUCGGGCGAUUGUUGUAUAAAUGUAUUUUUACUUGCAAAUUUAUAAUCUUUUAAUCGAAUCAUGUAAUUUUUAAUUCGAAUGGUUGUUUCUUUCAGUAUUUCCGAACAUUUUCCAUAAAACUCCUUAAAGAGAACUUGAAAUACACGAUACAUAAGUACAUUACACACGUUUACACGUUAGUAGUACUGGCCAGCCCGAGCUUGAGUUUGAUUCAAAAAAAACUGAGGGAAAUUGUAUUAAAAAUGAAAAAAAAAAAAAAGAAAAACAAAAAACAAAAAAAGAAUUGGUACGCGUGUUUUAACGUAUCGUGGAAAGGAUUUCCUGCUCAUAGUCCCUGCAGGAAGCGCGUUCCAGAUGACGAAAUUGUAAAUUUUAUAUUAAAGCAGAUAUAAUCAUAUAUAAAUAUAUAUAUAUAUUUUAUGAAUAUUCCGUCAUUCGCUUGCAAACAAUCGAAUUUGUCGCGGUUUUAAUAAAAGAGAUAUAAUAAAAGUUAAGUUGAAAUUAACGACAAUAAAUUUGGUAUGGAAAAAAAAAGAUGCGUGUCGGGGAUAUACAGCGUAUGUAUACCGAAACGAAAAAGAGAGAAAAAUGAAAGAAAAAUAUUUAAAAAAAGUGAGUAAGAUGAGAAACAGACUCUGAUCUCGGAAAGGCGUGGUACCAACAUAAUUUAGUAUUAUAGUUUUAUUAUUAAACUAGGAAAUAGAUCAGACAAAACAUCCACACACAGAUAUACAUAUAUUACAUAUAAGAAUAUAUAUGUUAAAUAUUAAUGCAAUGAUUACGAUUUACAUUGUUAUAAAUGAUCGUGUAUAAAGUUAUCUAAGUGAUUUCUAAGUUUUAAACGAAAUGGAAGUUGAAUAGAGAGGUAAUGCCAUUAUGAUUUCUUAAGUUUCCUUGGUUACAAUUAUCGUUGUAAUUCUUUUUCUCUUUUUAUAAUUAUCCAAAUUAUCGUGUAAGGUCGGAGAGUAAUCACUACAACAGGCCUUUCUUUAAGCUUUUUGUUAGUAAAACUGUCUUUUCUUUUUCUUCUUCUGUUAGCUGUAUUACGACUAACGGUAAGAAUUUUUCGCUGCAGAGCUUUUUAAUCCUCAAUGAUCAGAUAAAAGAAAAGAAUAAUUUCUAUAUACUUUUUAAAAGAGGCAGUCUUUUUUAGUAAACGCACUUACAGUCGUGCAAACCCACCCACUCUUAGGCAGCGACACUUAGAUUAGAGGGAUGUGUUUGUAUUUCUUGUAAUUACUUUAUUUCAUACUCUAAGUACUUUAUAUCGUCUUCUUUAUAUCGACUUCUUGUUCUUGUUCUUCUUCUUUUCCUUCUUCUUCUUCUUCUUCUUCUUCUUCUUCUUCUUCUUCUUCUUCUUCUUUUUCUUCUUCUUUUUAUUCUUUUUUUUUUCUUUCUAUAAUUCUUACACAAAUGAGUUUUCUUACUUAGCAUAUCGUUUUAUCUUUCUACCACACACUUACUGAAACUAAUACAUCAGAUUCUAUCAAUUGCGCACGCUAGAUACGAACAACGUUCAUCGAAUAGAGAUAUUCUUCUCUACAACUUGGCGAUACGUGAUCUUAAUACUUUUCGACCGGAGAACAUUGAAAUUAGUUCAAGAGCAUAAAAGUGAAAUUCGAUCCUUGUGCAUGAUUCUCCAGUCUUUUGAUGAAGAAGAACUACGUAAUAGCGUGACUUCAUCGGAGCUCUUUAAAUUUGAGCAUACCUUCAGCACAGUUCAUGCAAGACAUUGUUUGUGUUUCGUACUUAAUAUCGUUUCAAUGUAUGGACCAGGGAAGUUUCACAUUAAAUAUUCAGAUAUUCUGCUUUUCAGCGAUGAUCAUAUAAAAGAGUAGAGGACCAUAUAUUAAAAACCCUAUGAUUAGUUUUAUUUAGUCACAUCUCUCACAGAGACUAUACACAGUGUAAAUGCACAGGAAACUUUUUUCAUAUUCUUUAAUCUGAUCAAUUUCUUGUUCUGAAACAGGACUUGCCUAUGGAGCAGUGAAUAUUAAGAUAAUACAGGAAAGAAUCAUGUAUACUUUUAAGGAGAUAAUUAAUACUUACUGUAUUCUUUACCUUAAUUAAUUUUUACGCAACAAGUGGCAAUGUAUUUUGAUCUCUCUUUUAGUCAGAAAUAUGUCGCUUUUUAUUCGGGGUGAGAAUUAAAUUCGCUAAGUGAUUGACUGAAUAACGAAAGAACUUAUAUAUUUAAAUAAUAAUAUAUAUGGCUUUCGUUCAAUAACUGGCAGCUUUCACGAUUUUCACAGUUUUUACUUAUUGUUACCUUCUUUUUGUAAUAAUUCAUUGUAAGAUUCGUUUUUAUAUAUUAUGUCUAUAAAUUGUAAUUUUGCGCUAAAUUGUGUGUACAUUAUGGUGGAAUUGGAACCAUUAUGAUGAUUUCGGGAAUCACGAAUGAUUUCAAAUUUGAUUCAAUUUUUGUCAGUAAUAAUUAUUGAUACGAAAGAAUAUUUUUAGAAAAUAAAUCAAUCCUGAUAAACGAAUAUAAAAUGAAUUUGUUUCAUGUUGAUUAAAUAGAGAAACAUUUGAUGGUUCUAACUCAACCCAAGAUAAAUCGUUAUUAUUAAAAAAAAAAAAGCAAGGAAUUAUGCAAUAUAUUUAGAAGAUACUCAAAUAUUGUUUUGGUUAUGCGAAUUUUUAUUUUAACAAAAAAAAAAAAAAAUAUGAGGAAAACGGGAGGAGUUCGAAGUCGCAGAAAAGAAGCACCGACACUAAUAUUAUUAACAUUAACGAAUAAUGAUUUUAAAGUAAGCGAAUUACAUUUAUAAGGAAAGAUUAUGAAAAUAUAUAUUUAUCUAUGUCUUCUGUGAAGAUAGAAAAUAGCACUCUCUCACUCUAUAUCGAUGAUAUCAGAAAAAAGGGGAAAAAAUUCAAAUCCAUAAAAAUAAAAAACGCAGAAGUAGAUUAGACGGAAAAAAUGAAAGGAAUCGCACUGUACACAACACAUGAUACGAUUGAUGAAAAACCGACGAAAUUUGUUAAAUAUCUUUGUACAUAUUUACAUAAAAAAAAAAAAAUCAUCAAAAGAAAAAGUUCCAGUGACUAUGUUUUAUCUAUUAUAAA